AUGAGAUGCCUGAAGCUUCUGCUUUUCCUGAUACACUGGAGAGUCACAGGAGCUGUUCCAGGUCAAUUCUGGCACAUCUCAGACCUGCACCUUGAUCCAGAGUAUAACGCCUCUAAUGAUCCGCUCCAAGUGUGUCCGUCAGCAGGUUCCCAGCCCGUGUCCAACGCAGGGGUGUGGGGGGAUUAUCUUUGUGACGCUCCCUGGAUCCUCAUCAACUCUUCCAUCCAUGCCAUGAAGGCGAUCUUGCCCAGCCCGGACUUCAUUCUCUGGACUGGUGAUGAUACGCCCCACGUCCCUGACGAGAAGCUGGGAGAAGAAGCCGUGUUGAACAUAGUGAGACGUUUGACAGAGCUCAUUCGAUCAGUAUUCCCAGAAACUAAAGUGUACGCUGCUAUGGGAAAUCAUGAUUUCCAUCCCAAACACCAGUUUCCAGCUGGAAGCAACAAUAUAUACAACCAAGUAGCAGAACUGUGGAGGCCGUGGCUCAAUAAUGAAUCAAUCUCCCUAUUCAAAGAAGGUGCCUUCUAUACGGAGAGGCUGCCAGGUCCAAACAAGGCCGGGCGCAUCGUGGUUCUCAACACCAAUCUAUACUACAGCAGCAACGAGCAGACGGCCGACCUGGACGACCCGGCGAGCCAGUUUCGGUGGCUGGAUGAUGUGCUGAACAAUGCAUCCAGAGAAGGGGAAAAGGUGUAUAUUGCUGGCCACAUACCCCCCGGCUUCUUUGAGAAGACCCGAAACAAAGCCUGGUUCCGGCCCCACUUCAAUCAGCGCUACGUGGAACUCAUCAGGAAGCACCAUCAUGUUAUUGCUGGACAGUUUUUUGGUCAUCACCACACGGACAGCUUCCGGAUGUUUUAUGAUGACACAGGUGGUCCCAUCAGCGUCAUGUUCCUAGCUCCGGGGGUGAGUCCCUGGAAGACAACACUUCCCGGGGUGAACAACGGAGCCAAUAAUCCUGGGAUCCGAGUCUGGGACUAUGAUCAAGACACCCUGCAACUUCAGGACAUGGUGACUUACUAUCUAAACCUCACCCAUGCCAACCUGCAGGCCCCAAGCUGGGAGAAGGAAUACCGACUGACGGAAGCCUUCCAGGCCCAGGAUGGCUCAGCAGCCUCCAUGCAGCAGGUACUGGACCAGAUUACACAGGACAACCGUGCCCUGCAGAGAUACUACCAGUACAACUCUGUCAAUUAUGACUUGGACCCUUGUGACCAGGGCUGCCGGGCAGAGCACCUGUGUGCCGUGAGGGAGGUGGACUUUGCAAACUAUGAAAGGUGCAUCGAGUCGGCCAGCUCCCCUUGCGGGCCGUGGGGAUCCCUGCUCCUCCUCUGCCUGAUGAUGGGGCUUCACUCGAUCGGAGUCCUGGCUCCCCCAUGCUUACACACUGCCCGGCACAUUGCGGAUGCUCAGUAA